CAUAUCUCCGUGUCAAAACCAUAAGAAACCACUAGAGGGCAGACAGAAGAACCAACCGCGAAGCUGGAUAGCUUCUUCUUUCAUUGGAAGAGCAUCAAAGCAUGGGGUGACAUCACCAUCAAUAAUCGGGACUGCUCAUCAAUGACCAAAGGGAGGGGCUUGGGAAUAAAAGGAAAAGCCACCAGCACCCACCACAACUGAAAUGUGUCUGACACAUGUGUCUUCGUUGGAAAUUGCAACAGCAAAUCACAGUUUUACAAUUAUUUCUAUAUUUUCUGUACAUUCAAUGGAUAAAGCAAUUUUAAUGAUUGUGUUCUGGACUCUUUGCAGUCUAGUACAUUUGGAAGCAUUACCAAUCAGCAAAAGGUCCAUCAGUGAAGUCCAGCUAAUGCACAAUGUUGGAGAACACAAGCAAGCAGUGGAAAGACAGGAUUGGCUUCAAGUAAAACUGAAAACUGUAAUCAUACCCAGUAUCAAUGACUCACAGAAGGGACAAAAGGGGAAAACCAGGACUAUUUCUUCAGAUUUUCAAGCCUGGAACAGUCCAAUCCGGAUCUCAAGUUAACACUGGGAACUGCUUAUGUUUUGUCUUACCUUCUUUUUUUUUAAAGCUUAUUUUGUUUUAAUGCUGAGAUAAACAAAUGUUCCUGUCUGUGUGUUUAUUGUUGAAUAAGUGCACUAAGUCGCCAUUUUUAUUUUUAUUGUUUUGUAAUAAUUUAUUUAAUUGUCUCAGUGACAUAGUUUUGAAAACUAGUUGUGUUACAAAAGAGUUCAACUGUAAAGAGGACAAGGACAAGGGCACAGCUUCUGCUGUAUGCCUUCUAAUAGAAUCUUUAUUAAGUUUUUAUGUUCUUUUAUUAUACAGUGUUGGUA